GGACCCUCACCUGUCCCGGCGCCUCGCCUGUGCCCGAGCUCACCUGUCCUCACCUGCCCUCACCUGCCAUGAGGAUUUGGGGGCCCCUUUACCUGCGCGCCCACCUGGGGCUGCUCCUGCACCUGUGGCUCUGCGCCCCAGGUGCGGCCGGCCCCGCCCCGCUCCGCCUGGCCGGGGGCCCGCACAGGUGCGCGGGGCGCGUGGAGGUUUUCCACGCGGGCAGGUGGGGCACGGUGUGCGACGACUCGUGGGACGCGCGGGCCGCGCAGGUCACCUGCCGCCAGGUGCGCUGCGGGCCCGCGCUGCCGCUGCCCCGCCCAGGUGAGUUCGGCUCAGGUGAGGGGCCCAUCUGGCUGGACGAUGUCACCUGCACGGGCCACGAGGAGGCGCUGGAGCUGUGCCGGGCACGGCCCUGGGGCGAGCACAACUGCCGCCAUGGCGAGGACGCGGGCGUGGCGUGCGCAGGUGCUGAUCCCCCGGUGCAGCCCCAGGUGCGUUCCCAGGUGGAUCCCCAGGUGCUGCCCCGGGUGCUGCCCCAGGUUGGUGCCCAGGUGCAUCUGCAGGUGCUGCCCCAGGUGGACGGGCAGGCGGAUGAUGAGGUGGAUGCCCACGUGCCGCUGAAGGUGCGGCUGGUGAACGGCUCCUCCAGGUGCGCGGGGCGGGUGGAGGUGCUGCACCUGGGCAGGUGGGGCACCGUGUGCGACGACACCUGGGACCUGGCGGACGCGCGGGUCACCUGCCGGCAGCUGGGCUGCGGCCCCGCCGUCAGCGCACCUGGCCGCGCCCGCUUCGGGCCGGGCACGGACCCCAUCUGGCUGGACGGGACGCAGUGCACAGGUGAGGAGCUCACCUUGGCCCAGUGCCAGCUGCACCCCUGGGGCGAGCACAACUGCGGGCACAGCGAGGACGCCAGCGCCGUCUGCACAGGUGCGGACCCCCCCCAGGUGCGGCUGCAGGGCGGCCCCGGGCCCUGCGCGGGGCAGGUGCAGGUGCUGCACAACCGCACCUGGCACCAGGUGUGCGGGCACCGCUGGGGCCUGCCCGAGGCGCAGGUGGUGUGCAGGCAGGUGGGCUGCGGGCCCGCCCUCAGCGCACCUGUGGGGCCGCCCGCGGGGGGGCCCUGGCUGGCCGGGCUCACCUGCCGCGGCUCCGAGGAGCUGCUGCUCGAGUGCCGCGGCAUCGAGGCCGGCGCCUGCGCCUCAGCUGUGGCCGCCGCCGCCGCCUGCGCCGAGCCGCCAGGUGUUCCGGGCUCCUGCGCGGUGCUGGAGGCGCUGCUGGGGGUGGGGGCGGGGCUCUGCGGGGCCCUGCUGGGCCUUUACCUGUGCGCCAGGUGCGCCCCCCCCCGCCGGGGCCGGCGCCACAAAGGGGAGCCGCUGAUCCCGGAGCCGGAGGAGCCGCCGAGCGCAGCGGAGCCGUAGGGACCCCAAAAAUCAUCCGGAACCCCCCCCAAAAUCACCCGGAACACCCCAAAAAUCACCCGGGACCCCAAAAAUCACCCGGGACCCCCCAAAAAUCACCCGGGAACCCCCAAAAAUCACCGGAACACACCAAAAAUCACCCGGGAACCCCCCAAAAAUCACCCGGGAACCCCCAAAAAUCACCGGGGACCCCAAAAAUCACCCGGAACACCCCAAAAAUCACCCGCAACACCCCAAAAAUCACCCGGGACCCCCCAAAAAUAACCCGGGAUCCCAAAAAUCACCCGGAACACCCC